AACUACAAAUCCCGGAGGUCUUUUCGGCUCGGGUCGUUGUACGUCGAACGUUCCAGGAACGAGGGAGGGGGUCGGAUGUGUUUACUUCCGGAUUUCCUAUCUGUGGCAGAUCCUGAUCACACCAGCGGUGUAACAGCAGCACAAGAACCGAUGCGUGAGUUCAUGACCGAGGACAAACCAGCGGUGCUCCAGGACAACUUCCCCUUGGCCCUUCUUGCUAUCUCUGGAAGACAAGCCGCGAUACUGCAGCGUCCAACAGACGCUCGGCACGCCUAGGCUACCGGGCAGCGACCAAACAGCUGCUCGUGUUUCCAGUCUAAAAAGCAAAGUCAAUGUAGCCGUUUACCCGUUUUAGGAGCAGAACUGUCGGUCCCAUUCUGACGGUUCAUGGUGUUUUCAUUAACCGGAUUAAACACCGAAACAAGGAAAAGCACAUUUAGCGGUUGUUGGAAGUGAAGACCGAUUCACAGAGGACUUGACAGUUGGGGUUUGUGGGGUAACUACCCGGAUAAACUAAGGAGGAGGACGCCUCCAGCUUGCGGUGGAUUUACCCUUUCUAGCUGCAAUCAUGGAUUGGUUGAUGGGGAAGUCGAAGACGAAGCCCAAUGGGAAGAAGCCGCCGGCCGAGGAGAAGAGGCACUACCUGGAGCCGGAGUUCACCAAAGUGCGCGUGGUCGACUUCGACCUGAAGGAGCUGGUGGUGUUGCCCCCGGAGAUCGACCUCAACGAAUGGCUGGCCAGCAACACGACGACCUUCUUCAAUCUCAUAAACCUGCAGUACAGCACAAUCUCAGAGUUCUGCACCGCAGAGACCUGUCCGGCCAUGACUGCAGCCUGCAGCACGAUAUACUUCUGGUAUGACGAAAGAGGAAAGAAGACGAAAUGCACCGGCCCUCAGUAUGUCGACUUCGUCAUGAGUUCAGCACAGAAGCUGGUGACGGAUGAAGACAUCUUCCCCACAAAAUAUGGUAAAGAGUUCCCCAACUCGUUCGAGUCGUUGGUGAAGAAGAUCUGUCGGUACCUGUUCCACGUGCUGGCGCACAUCUACUGGGCCCACUUCAAAGAGACGGUGGCACUGGACCUGCAGGGCCACCUGAACACGCUCUACACGCACUUCAUCGUCUUCGUGCGGGAGUUCAACCUGGUCGACCCCAAGGAGACCGCCAUCAUGGACGACCUGUCGGAGGCGCUCUGCACCCCCCUGCCCCCCGCACAGAACCACGUGACCGAGAGAUGAGAGGCCACGCCCACCGGGGGGGCCCCGGCGGGGAGGAAGACGAGGAAGAGGAGGGCGGAGACGGGAAGGGGCAGGGGGCCAGAUUUGGCGUCUGCGGGACUUUUAGAGACCCUUCCGCACACAGAUUACCGAUAUUAUAAGGACCGCGCGGCGAAUGGAGGGGAGGGAGGGGGUUAGCACACCAGCAGGAAUUGGUGUGAGCUUUAAACUCCCUGCACCCCCCUCCACCUGCCUGCCCAGGACUUGGUUCUUUUAUUUUCUUUUGUUUUUCUUUUGUUUUUAGUUUCCCUAAAGUUUUAAGAUUUGUUUGUUUUUGUUUUGUGUUUCCCACAGAGGAAGGGGAUCGUGCUCUCUUCCUCACGUCAGGAUGGUGACACCGCUUCUUUAGCGUACAGUGCUAUACUGCUCUACAGUCAUACGGAGUGACUCUUUACUGGUAGUGGCUACGCUACGCUACGCUGCGCGAUCGUGAUUGGGCUGGCAGGACGGUGGCUGUCCUGCACUUUAGCCAAUCCCCUCUCUAGCCCUGCGCUUUAGCCAAUCCCCUCUCUCUGCCCCUGUCCUUCAGCCAAUCCCCUCUGUCUACAGGGUAGUUUCUUCUUGGGGGUUAAUGGGGAGUGCUCCAGGCCUGAGAGAGGCUCUCCAAACCAAAUACUGCUGUCUCCACCUGUAGCUUCGCUCCUGUAAAAUCCCAGUCCUGUAACCCUGGAGUCAGCGCCUACAACUACCAGCAUGCAACCUGCUCUUUAGAGGAAGAGCCCAGAACUACCUAUCGCGGGGGGG